UUGGAUUAUUAUCAAUCCCUUAUGCAUUGGCAGAAGGAGGAUGGUUAAGCUUGAUACUGCUUUUAGUAAUUGCAAGCUUGACCUUCUACACAGGAUUGUUGAUCCAAAGAUGUAUGGAUACUGAUCCAACAAUAAGAAGUUACCCUGACAUCGGCAAUCGCGCAUUUGGGAAAACCGGGGAAGCUAUAGUAUCAAUAACUAUGAACCUAGAACUCUACUUAGUCGCUACCGGUUUCCUGAUCCUAGAAGGUGAUAAUUUAAGCAAGUUAUUUCCAAACAUGGACUUCGAUGUUUACGGCUAUCAUUUUGGUGCAAAAAGUGGAUCUAUUGUUCUUGUCGCACUUAUUAUACUUCCCACAAUCUGGUUACACAACAUGAACAUUCUGUCCUACAUAUCAGCCAGUGGAGUUAUAGCCUCCAUGAUCAUAUUAGGCUCAGUCUUCUGGGAUGGUGCAGUUGAUGGUGUUGGUUUUCAGGAGAAGGGUAGAGUUGUAAAUUGGAGUGGAAUCCCAUCAGCUAUUAGCUUGUAUUUAUUCUGCUAUUGUGCUCAUCCAGUUUUCCCAACACUCUAUACUUCCAUGAGAAACCAACGUCAAUUCUCAAAGGUCUUGUUCCUUUGUUUUGCCUUCUCUACUGUUACUUACUCAUUGAUGGCAGUUAUUGGUUAUCUUAUGUAUGGUUCCAAUGUAGAGUCACAGAUUACCUUAAAUCUUCCAACAAAUAAUAUAAGUUCAAGAGUGGCCAUAUGCACCACCCUCAUUACUCCGAUAGCAAAAUAUGCACUAAUGCUAACACCGAUAGUCGACUCCAUUGAAGCACGGUUUCAUGCUUCUUACAACAAAAGGAUAUUUAGCUUCUUUAUAAGAACCAUUUUGAUGAUAAGCACUGUGAUUGUUGCCCUCUCCCUUCCCUUUUUUGGGUAUCUAAUGUCACUCGUGGGGGCCCUUUUAAGUGCCACAACUUCGAUAAUAAUACCGUGCUUGUGUUACUUGAAGAUCUCCAGAAUUUACAGGAGAAUUGGAGUUGAGGUGGUGUUUGUUGGGUUUGUUCUAUUAAGUGGCUUGAUUGUUGCAGUUGUUGGUAGUUAUGUAUCUUUGGUGGAUAUUGUAAGCCAGCUAUGAGUAGCCAAUUUUACUUGAGAGCUAUGUUGGCAUAUUUCCUUUCUUUGUUAUCUACCACUUUAUAAAAAUUAAUGUAAUGU